AUGAGUAGUAGUACUUGUCGUCUAGGCCGAACUGAAGCAAAAAUAACGUCUAUAGAUGCCGUGACAGAUCGUUUGAAGGCGACAGAAGAAGCCUUGCGCGCUGCGCAAGCUACAAUUGCGCGUCAAAAAAAACGCGAGCAAGAGCUGCAAAAAUUGGUAGUGUCAAAUGGCAUUUCUUACGAUGCUACAGAUGUCAAUCCGGCGAUUGAGGCGAAAGUCAGUGCACUCAAAGCAGUGCAUGAACAGAAAGUGCGAGCUCUGAUGCGCUCGAUUAACCAACUCCAGGAUCAGCUUAAAGAACUUAAAAUUCAAGAGUCGGAGCAUCGCCGAUCAGCAUUGAUUCAGAAGCUGCGGAGGGAGCAACGUGAGCAAGAACUGGUUAUUGAUGUGUUGAAGCAGACACUGCAGGAAAAAUUACCAGAAUUUCAGAGCUCAAGGGCUAUUGUCAAUGAUUUUGUGUUAAAAAAAACUGUCGGAGGUCCGGUACGAUUUCGUUCAAAAACCCGCGAGGAACUCGAAAAUGAGCUUAAGGCACUCGAAAAAAAGUUUCAGCAGACAGAGGAGAAAUUUAAGAGAGAUGAUCUGCCCAUUGCAUUCCCAAAAGAUCAGAAAAAAUACGAUAGCGAUGGUGAAGGAGACUGUGACUUCAGAAUUGGAAAGGAACCAAACAAUAACACCAUUAUUGAUGAUGAACAACGGCACGAUGAGAUUGAGCAGCUGCGAUUGCAGCAUGCCUCAAAAUCGGUCACCAUUCAAGCUCAGGCCGCAGAGCUAUCAGAAGCUUAUGCGGAAUUGGAUAGAUUAAGAGCUGUCGAGGAUCAAAUUGUGCGAAAGAAAAACAAGAUUAUUUUUCUCAGAGAACAAAUAGAUCGUCAGCAAGAACAAAAUGUCGAGUUGAUUAGAGAGAAAGAAGCUUUAGCUGAGAAAUGCUUGCAGUUACAAGAAGAAACUUUAUUUAUACGAGAUCUCAAUGUUGAGGAUGCCAGUGCGAAAGAUGAGGAGCGUUUGCAGCUGCUGGAGCUUAUCCAAACCUUACGCUCUCGAGAAAUGAAUCUACAGGACGAAUCGGAACAAAAGCAAAAGUCAUGGGCGAAGGAGCGCGACAUAGUACAUCAGAAAAUUCGAAUACUUGAAAAGGAGAAGAAGCUUUUAGUGGACGAAGCUUGUCGUUGGGAAGAGGAGCUGGCGAACGAACAAAAGAAGAGUGAUGUCUCCUUGAAAGAAUUGCACGCUCUGAGAUUGAUAGUCAAUGAGGAGCAAAAUCAAAAAGUUAUGCUUGUCAACAAAAUUGAGGAGCUUGACGCAGAACUUGUACAGCUUAAAACUUUAUCACAGAAAGAGUGUGCGUAUAACACUCGAGAAGCGAUGGAAGCGGUAAAAGCGCUGGAAGUACUGGUCGAAAAGAAAACCCAGGCAGUAAAAGAGGUCAAAUGUCAAUUUAGUGCUGCUAAGUUGCUUGCACAUCAGGCAAAGAAGGAGAAAGAAAAAUUACUAAUCCGAAUAUCGAAGCUUGAGGCAGAAUUGGCUAGACGUAUAUCUUAUUAA